CGCGCGGGAGGCGGGAAUCUGCGUGUUGUUGGUGCCCGAGGGAUGGAAAAGAUGCAUGUUGAGUGCUGCGUGAUUCACCUAGCACGAAGAAUGAGUCCCCAGACGAGCGACAGCAGCUCAAUGAACAUAACCAAAGAUGAAUCAGAAGUGACAUCAUGGCUAUUAUUUGCAUCCAGAAACUUGAUUAACAAAAACAGAAUAACCACAGGGGGAGGGAGGAAAUGCUACAUGCAAAAUUAUGUACCAUCUAUAUCUGAGGAAAUGAUGAGUUGAAUGAUUUGGCAAGACUCAACAACUCUUCACCAGCUCUUUAGAUAUUAUCAAGGAACCUGGAGAACCCGUCAGGAAUGCAGUGGAACAUUUGUGGCCUCCUGCUCAUUUUAUCUGUCCCCUUCUGUAUAUCUGUAGGACCUUUUAAGUCCUGUACUAAAACUUACAACAACUUAUGUCCUAUUACUGGCAGAGCUUCAGAUAGAAUUAUGGAUAUGUUUAUCCUGGGUAGAGAUGGUUUCAUGGGAUACUUGAAAACAGGUGAUUCAAAUUAGACAUGUUCAUGAAAGUGAAUGAGAAUUAAAUGUGUUUAUUAAAAAACUAAAUGCAAAGUGUGUAAAUGUUGUUAUUGUGUAACAUAAAAGUUGCUUUUUGGUGGCCACUUUGUUUAUCAUUUGUCUUUUAAUUGGGUAAAGGCAAUAAUUUUGCAAGGAACAUGUCCGGUAUUCUGAGCUGUUCUAAUGGAUCUUCAGUAAACACUACACAACAACUACUCAACCUGACAGUUUUUUCAUUUGAAGAAAAUACAACCUUUACAAAUAGCAUUUCACCAACAUACAGCAAAGACUAUGGAGUGAUUUUGUCAAGAUAUUUACCAUACAAACUCAAUAUAAGCAGAUAUGUUAUACCCACAUUUGUCUGCUUAAUUGAAGGGAAAUGCAAAAAUGGCACUUUGACAGACUGGAUUACAGACCUUAAGUGGACCAAUGAAACCACUAAAUAUUUUGAGAAAGUUGCAUGUAACAUAACCUGCCUGAAUCCCACAAAGACGUGUCAGAAUGCAAAAUAUAAUUCUAAUUGUAGUGCUAUUAAUGCAGGUGAAGAAAGUAAAAUGAACAACAUUGAGAUCCAGAAUGGAAAAGCAACUUGUUUUAAGUGUGGAAGUCCUUUUGAAGUGGUGAAACAAGUCUCCUUACCCAAAGAAAUGUCAAAUAAAUUUAUUGCUAAUAAAACAGAAACAGAUGCUGGCACAGCUGCUGAGGCCAUGAAAAAUCUCUCCAGCAUUCUGUCUCUGAUGGAGAAUUUGACCGUUGCCUCUAUAUCCAUGGGUAAUGUUAAAGGAAUUUUAAAGAAAAUUUCAACUGAGUCUGAAAUCAAGAUGUCCUACUUCAUCUACUCUUCAGAAACUGAUGUCAAAGUCUUAGAUGAUUUGGAUCAACUGAAAAAUUAUCCCAAUGUUUUCAGUAUUCCAGAGGAAGCCGCUAAGAAAGCACUCAACCAAAGCAGAGGAAAGGCUUUUAUGGGUGUUUUCCGCUUUCCCAGCAUGACAAAGGAUGCAGAGAACAGUCCAGUUUUGAAUGAUGAGGUUUAUGCAAUCGAAAUGGGGGCACAAAUUUACAAUCUGAGUGACAACAUCAGCUUAACCUUUCCAAAGAAUCAGGCGAUUGGAACUCCUGUUUGUAAAUCAUGGGAUGGAAACGGGAGUAAACCAAACUGGACAACCGAAGGGUGUAGUACUCUCACAGAAGGAGAACAUAUAACAUGUAAAUGUGAACACUUGACUUUCUUCGCUGUGCUCAUGAUCCCUCCAGAACCCAUUUCCCAAAAUGACCUCAACGCUCUCACCUACAUCACCUACAUCGGCUGUGGCCUCUCCUUGUUUUUCCUGUCCAUUGGGCUUUUUAUGCACUUCCUCAUGAGGAAAGUGAAGACCACUGAUUCAAUGCACGUGCUGAUUAAUCUCUUCGUGGCGCUGUUCCUGCUCAACGUGGCCUUCCUGUCGAAUGAGUACGUAGCACGUGCAGAGGACAUCACUGCCUGCAAAGUCAUGGCUGGAUUCAUGCACUACUGCUUGCUAUCCAGUUUCACCUGGUUUGCAGUGGAGGCUUUUCACCUUUGCCUGCAGAUGGCCAAACAUUCAGUCACCAUCAAACAUUACAUCAUCAAGAUCUCUGUGGUUGGCUGGGCUCCUCCUGCUCUUGUUGUCAGUAUCAUUUACGUCUUGGGCAAAUAUGGUGAGCAGACCAUAAAAACGGACACAAGCAAUGUAACUAUGUGCUGGAUUUUGGACUCCGAUAUCCACUACUAUGUGAACAUCAGUUAUUACUGCUUCAUCUUCGUCUUCACUUUUACCACCUUCAUUGUUGUGCUGCGAUGGCUCUCCUUGCUGAAGCUGAGCCGGUUGAACAAGGUUGAAAAGGUGCAGCGCUCAAGUACCACCACUUCAGACAUCACCACCAUCCUGGGCCUCUGCUGUAUGCUGGGACUCACCUGGAGUUUUGCCUUUUUCGGCUACGGAGCUCUUCGUCUGCCCUCUUACUACAUAUUCACCAUCCUGAACUCCUUCCAAGGAUUCUUUUUGUUCAUAUAUUACUUGAAAGCAAGCCGCCACUUUGGAGACUCAGCAGCUUCAGAAGAGAGUAAAAGGACUGAAGACACCAAUACAGAAAAUCCAUACGACGACCUGUCCACAGAAGACACCCGAAAAGCCAUCUGACCUCUAUGUCUGAGGAUUUGAAAUGUCUUAUUGAUAUUUUAUAUUCAUUUGUAUUAUAGUAAGUCAAUCCACUGCAAAUUCUGUAAUGUAACGCUUUCUGAAAUUUCUGAAUUUUAGAAUUCGGGCUCUUUCAGUUCAUGAGUUUGAACUGUAUUGAAUUUCAUUUUAAAGAAAUUCAAAGCAGAGGAAUUGGAUUAGUCCAAAACAAGUUUGAGACAGAAUAAAUAUAUUGAUGUAUAAUUAAUAAUAAUGUAUAAUAUUAUAUAAUAUAAUCUGCUGUAUAUUUAGCUUUAAUUACUAAUUUUUCUUGGAAAGACUGCUACAAAUGUAACUGAAUUUCAUGAUAUGAUUCUACUGAUGUAUUUGUCUUUACACUGUAUAAUUUUAUGCAUAUAUACAUAAUGCAUAAAUAAAUACCGAUUACUGUUUAGUAUAUUCUAUCAUGAUAGAAAAGUUGCUAGAAGUUAACAGAUAUCAUUUGAUUUAUAUACUUUUUAGUCAGUUCAUUUAUCUAGAUAGUAGGUGUAUUUUCUAUCUUUAAUUGAAAUCAGUAGUUUCUGAGCAGCUCAUCAAGUUUAACUUGUCUUGUGC